UGUUCGCGCACGAGGCCGGCGGGGUGCGGGAGCUGGAAGGGCCUACGCUGGCGCCCGGGACUGUUUUAGGGAUCUUGGAAGCCUUGCCAACAUGUCUGACAUUCAAGAAGCUACUAACCAACUCCUAGAUGUGAACCUUCAUGAGAACCAGAGAUCUGUACAAGUGACAGAAAGUGACCUUAGAAGUGAGUCUGAGCUUCUAGUCACUAUCGGAGCCACUGUACCUACUGGCUUUGAGCAAACAGCAGCAGAUGAAGUGAGAGAGAAAUUGGGGUCAUCAUGCAAAAUCAGCAGAGACCGUGGCAAGAUAUAUUUUGUCAUUUCAGUGGAAAGUCUGGCUCAGGUUCAUUGUUUGAGAUCAGUUGAUAACUUAUUUGUGGUUGUUCAGGAGUUUCAAGAUUACCAGUUCAAAAAAACAAAGGAAGAAGUUCUAAAGGAUUUUGAAGACUUGGCUGGAAAACUUCCAUGGUCAGACCCUUUAAAAGUAUGGAAAAUUAACACCAGUUUUAAGAAAAAAAAAAUAAAACGCAAAAAGAUAAAUCAGAAUUCAAGUAAAGAGAAGAUUGAUAAUGGAAAAGACAACAAAAUAGAUGAGACAGGUAUUAAAAAAGAGUUCCCUGACAAUGCUUUAGAUUCACAUAUCUUAGAUUAUUAUGAAAAUCCAGCCAUCAAAGAGGAGAUAUCAACAUUAGUAGGUGAUGAUUUGGCAUCUUGUAAAGAUGAGACUGAUGAAAGCACAAAACAAGAAACUGAGCCUCAAGUGCUGAAGUUUAGAGUCACGUGCAACAGGGCAGGAGAGAAACACUGCUUUACCUCAAAUGAGGCUGCAAGAGAUUUUGGAGGUGCUGUUCAAGAUUAUUUUAAGUGGAAGGCUGACAUGACCAACUUCGAUGUGGAGCUAAAAUGUAAUACAGGUUUAUAUGAAAAACAGUACUAUGUUUUUUCUAAAAGUGUGCAUGAGUGUGAGAGCUCUUCUCUUUCCUCCAGGCUCUGUGAUCCUCUACCUUAUGAUAUAAUAGUCGAUCCAAUGUGUGGAACAGGGGCAAUACCAAUAGAGGGGGCUACUGAAUGGUCUGACUGUUACCAUAUUGCUGGUGAUAAUAAUCCACUGGCUGUAAAUAGAGCAGCAAAUAACAUCUCAUCUUUAUUGACCAAGAGCCAAAUUAAAGAAGGCAAACCAUCCUGGGGCUUGCCCAUAGAUGCUGUUCAGUGGGAUAUCUGCAAUCUGCCAUUAAGAACGGGCUCUGUGGACAUUAUUGUAACAGAUUUGCCAUUUGGAAAAAGGAUGGGCUCCAAGAAGAGAAACUGGAACCUUUAUCCAGCUUGCCUACGGGAGAUGGGCCGUGUCUGUACACCUGCAACAGGCCGAGCUGUACUGCUUACUCAGGACACGAAAUGCUUUACCAAGGCAUUAUCUGGAAUGCGACAUGUAUGGCGGAAGGUGGAUACAGUUUGGGUGAACAUUGGGGGUCUUCGUGCUGCAGUUUAUGUUCUGGGACGUACGCCCCAAACUUUUGUUCAUCCUUCAGAACAGGAUGGAGAAAGAGGAACUCCUUGGUAAUGCAAAGAAUGAAGAUGACUAAUAAUAUCAUUCAUACUUCCCAACACUGGAAAUGUCAGCACGAAGAACUUGCUUUUUGAGAAAAAUAGUAUUAACAAAAGUGCAGUCUGUACCCUUAAAACCAGUCCAAAGCUCUUCAUGCUAGUUAGCAAAAGGUGUGAUGGAAUUGAAAAAGUCUUAUGAGA